UGUAUCGAUUUUAUGAAAUCAGGCGAGACUCAAUCAUGAACCACCUUGUUUGAAGUUUGAUAUUGCUUAGAAAAUAUAGGGACAUAGUUCAUUUAAGCUUGGAUGUAAGUGUGAACAACUAUCACUGAUCAUUAAUUGUUGUUGCUCACAAAUUCGUACCACUCGUUUCAGUGUGGCUCAUUCAGCACCUUUCUAAGGGACUAGCAGGUGAAACAUGCCCCCUUCUUUUCUACAUCCCGCUGUACUUCUAUAUGAUUGAGCAACCUUUAACUUAAAAGUACAAGCAACUGCAUUUUAAUGUACAUUGUUUGAUAUGUAUGUGCAAUGCACUUACGUAUUUAUUUCUGACCCAAGGCAAUGUAAUGAUCACGAAAAUUGCCUCUUGACUGCUUACUGAAUACUCAGUGUUCUAAUACAUUUUGGAUUUUAUAAUUACAUUUGUAUUUCACUCUUUCAUGAUUAUGAAGUUCUUCCUCCAGUUCAACCCAAGAUGCUUCACUUAAAUGAACCUUCUAUUAUUGAAAGAGAAGUCUGCUAUAAAUGAGUUGUUUAAUUAUAUUUCAUCAAUAAACUGCUUGGCUUUCAGUGUAAAUAGGGAGUCUAACUGUACAUACAAGAAUGCCACCUCCCCCCACACACACGCCUUGAUGAAAAAUGACUAAUACCCCCUGUGCUGCCACGGGUAAUUUGUUGUUAGUUGUCACAAUUUGCUGUUUAUUUUCUGGCAUAACCACCCCUCUUCUUCCGACUUCAUAUGUUUAUUUUAUAUACGUUAUAUUUGCUGCUCAUAUAGACCUAUUGCUUUUUAUGUAGAUAUAAUUAUGAAAGUUCCACAUAUAGGGUAAGUGCGUCAAAUGGGUGACUGAUAUAAUUCCGAUAUUGAGGAAGGUUUGCUAUUAAUUAUGAGCGAUUAAAGUAAUUACGUGUUACGGAUAGAUGAACGCGGUGAUAAUAUUCUCCCUCAAUAUUGUCUGUUUAACGACAUGUAUUGUCAUUUUCCAGUUGGACACGACCUAUCCAUAUCGAGAUACACGAUAAUAUAGACCUUUACUGCCUUGUUUCUCAUAAUGCAUAUGCUGUUCUUUUGAUCUUUGCAUAAUGAAUCAAGUUAUCUUAUUUAUUAUUCGUCUUUGAUGCAGGUCAUUUAUUUACCAUUGUGCUUGGUGGUGGAAAACAUUAGUGACCUAACGCAGAAAGUGUCCUAUCGAAGAAGUUGCUAUUUAUGGAGUUCUUGAAGAGAUUGAAAUGAUUAAACAUUUGUGACUUUGUUCCUUGAAGACACAGACGUCAUGUUUGAGAUACAUCAUCAGUACCUACAUUAACGUGAUAUUCGUUAAAAUGUCAUUCCCCAUUUAAAAUAGAUCUAAUGUCUACUUUGUGACGUUUAGGAAAAACGACAUGGUCAGGUAUUUAUGCGGACAUGGGCCCUGUAAAUGACACUAUUUGUUCGUCAGGAGUACAAGGUGAAGAUAACAAGAGACUCAUCUAUAUUUUUCAAGGUCUGGUAAUCUUCAUUUUUGCUAGCCUAAUAAUCGGUACUAACAUCCUAAAUCUCAUAGUAAUUCCUCGAUUACCAGACAUCAACGAGGCCAGUAAAGUAUUCUACAACUGCUUGUCCUUAGCGGAUAUCCUUUUAGGAGUCGUUCUUCUUCCUGCACUACCAUCAGCCAUCGUAGGGGAUUGGCCUUUUGGAGAUGUCGUCUGCAAGAUUUUUGGUUUCGGUAUGACGCUUGUCGCCGGUCUAUCUUCAGGAAGUCUGCUGCUUCUCAAUUUGGAUCGUUUCUUCAGCAUAGCCUAUCCUUUUCGCUAUGUGGUCAUCAUGGAUCGAAGAAGAGCCAUUAUAAUCGCCACAAGUUCAGCCAUCGCCGAAGCUACAUUUCUCCUAGCCAUGUUGUUCACAAAUCCCUUAGGACCGGAAAUCAUACAAUACUCAAAUCUUGGAGGAUGCAUCAUGACCUUCUACGAACCAAGAUUCCUUGGAUAUUCGCUAGCAAUUUUCUCAGUUUGUAUUUGGUCCUUCAUUCCCAUCCUGUCCGUCAUGUACACCAGGAUCAUCUGCAUCAGCAGGAGACACGUGAGACGCAUUCAGGUCCAGGAACUUGCAACCCGAGUUAGCACCGUUGGUAGAAGUGAUGAGCCCGCCUUGAUAGUGGAAGACAGGCCAUUCGUGGUCAGGAAAAAUGUCAACCAUCGAGCAAUCCGCAUGACUCUCCUGGUGACGGGCACAUACGUCGCAGCUUGGGCACCCUUCACAAUUUGUCAGAUAUACAUUUCCCUUAUAGGAGAUGUAUCUGUCAUCGUUAGGGCAUUGGUUUGUUGGCCGUUGCUACUGAAUCCUCUUUGUAAUGUCAUCAUCUACUCGGUGACAAAACGUUCUUACAGAAUUUUGGCACAGAACCUCCUGAAAGUAUGUCUGCGAUGUUCAUUAAAAAGUUUCUGUGAUGAAACUUCCAGUGACAUUCUGGUAUAGAUGGAUGUUGUUGCUUGGUAUCAAAGAUGGUAAUUUCCGGCGGCGUGUUUGUAUAUUGGUUUAAAUCAACUGACUCGGUACUUUCAGGAGGAAUAUAUUCUUUGAAUUUCGGAAGUUAUGUGAGGCUGGUUGUAUAUAAUAAUUGUUUUAAGAUUAACACAACUAAAACAAAUAUUGUGCUUAUUCCAAGUCGUUAUUAAAAAAAGGGAAAGCUGGAUAUAAAAGCUUAAUGACGAGCAACUCAAACAAGUUAAUUCUGUAAGAUAUUUAGGCAUUGAAGUUAAUGAUAAUCUCACAUGGAAUGUUCAUGUCCAACAUCUUUAUAGGCCAAUAUCAUUUAAGUUGCAUGCUAUAAGACAUUUAAGUUUGACUCUUAAAACGUAUUUACUGAAUACUUUAUAUAAAACAACUAUCCAGCCAUGUAUAGAUUAUGCUUGUUCUGUUUGAGUUCAUUGAAAACAGGGAACUUAUAAUGAGACCGCAAAGACGAGAGGCACUUAUCGCAAUGGUUACAGGGGCUCAUCCCCUUUCAUUUUUUUUAACCCAUAGAUAAAAGAAGUAUGUAUUUUGUGGGAAAUGAAACGACCACAGUUUUUAUUGUCUCACCUG